AUGGAAAAAAGAGAAACAAGUAAUUCUAAACAAAAAAGAAAACGGGAAGAGAGUUGGAAUCCUCAUAGUUCUUGGGAAAACUAUGAAAAUGAAACUAUGAAUAAAAAAGGUUAUGCAAAGGCCAAAGGAAAAUGGACAAAAGUUGCGGAAGAAUUUAAACCUUACUAUGAAGAAACUAAAUCUAAAAAAUUAUUAAACUUAGACUGUGUAAGAAAUCCAGAGGAUAUACUACAAAGGUGGUCUAAUGAUAUGAUUAUGCUUAUAGCAACCGAUGAAAAAUUUUCUAAGAUAAAUCUAACGGAUGUCAAGAAUUUAAUAGCUUAUAGAACAACAGGAAAUGUGCUGAAAUUCUUAACAAGUAUUAAUGAUGAAACAUGGAAUCAAUAUAUAGGAAUGGUAGAAAAUAAUAAUCAACAAUUUGCUAAACUAAUAAUGGAAUUAAUAUAUAAAGAAUUCAUAGGCUACAAUACUCUUGAACAUAAAACAGAAGUAAAUAAACUUUUGCGAGAAAAUGCAGAAAUUCAUCUAAUUAAUAUGCAGAUAUGUUUUAUUAAAAAUCUUGCAGCUGAAAGAAAAUUACUUCAACAAAAACUUAAGAAGGAUGUUAUUUGGUCAUGGACCGAAGAAGACGAAAUACUUAUUACUAAAUUGAAAUAUUUAUGUCGAGAUCUUCCUGAAUUAUAUCAUCCAUCAGAUGAUGAUUUAAUUAUUAUUGAAACUGACGCAUCAAAUGAAUGUUGGGGAGGUGUUAUGAAGGCUAAGCCCCCUAGCCAAAAGAAAGAAUUACUAUGCAGAUAUAUGUCUGGAACCUUUUCAGGCAGUGAAAUUAUUUAUCCUACUCAUGAAAAAGAAACAUUAGCAUUAAUUCGGAUGUUAGAAAAACAUCGAAUUUAUGUUCUUGAUAAAGAAUUUAUUGUUAGAACCGAUUCUACUUAUGUUGCAGGUUUCAAAAAUAUUAAUCAUAAAGGAACUUACAAGCAAGGGAGACUUAUAAGAUGGCAGAUGAAACUAGCCGAAUAUAAUUACUCAAUUACUCACAUUAAAGGCGAAAAGAAUGUACUUGCAGAUAUACUUUCUGGAGAAUGGAACGAGUCUCAGAAGAAAUCUUGA